AUGUUGCAAUUGUCCAUAUCACAUAUAAUAGUAUUAUCGCUCCUUAUUAGAAUUGGAUUUUUUCUAUUUGGUCUUUACCAAGAUAAGUAUAUGACCGUAAAAUAUACUGACAUUGAUUAUGUAGUUUUUUCUGAUGCCGCUAACUACGUAUACAACGGAUAUUCACCAUAUUCGCGAGAGACAUAUAGAUAUACCCCAUUGCUUGCAUGGAUGUUGAUACCAAACUGCUGGGGAGGUCAGUGGUCAAAUUUUGGUAAAUAUAUUUUCAUGAUCAGUGAUCUAAUUACAGGAAUAAUUAUUCUUAAACUAUUAAGUGGAAUAUCAAUUGCUGGCAAGAAGCUAAGCACGAAUAAAAUAAUAAUGUUGUCAUCUAUUUGGCUUUUGAAUCCAAUGGUAAUAACCAUAAGUACCAGGGGAUCUUCGGAGAGUGUAUUGACUGUAAUGAUUAUGCUCUCAUUAUAUUAUUUGAUUAAUAAGAAGUCUAUUAUUGCAUCAGGAUUUUGGCUAGGUUUAUCUAUACAUUUCAAAAUAUACCCAGUCAUAUACUUACCGAGUAUUAUGCUUUAUUUAUCUACUUCAGGAACACCUUUCAUAGACGUGCCAAUUGUUAGAUGGGUUAAUCGAACGAAUAUCAAGUUCCUAAUCACUACGUUAAUCACAAUCGGUGCCUUUAACGGUAUCAUGUAUUCCAUAUAUGGAUAUGAAUUCUUGUACAAUUCUUAUUUAUACCAUUUGAUUAGAAUUGAUCAUAGACAUAAUUUUUCAGUCUACAAUGUUGCACUAUACUACAAAUCGGCAUUAUCUGAAAUUGCAGAAGCAUCGCUCGGUUUCUUUACUGGUAAUAUGGAAAAAUUUGUCAUGUUGCCCCAACUAUCAAUUUCAGCCUUGAUUUUGCCUUUGUUAUUUGCUCGCCGUGAUUUAAUAUCCUGUAUUUUCAUACAAACAUUUGCAUUCGUCACAUUCAAUAAGGUGAUUACCUCACAAUAUUUCAUUUGGUUCCUCAUAUUCUUGCCUCAUUAUUUGGCCCAGUCAAAACUUUAUUCAAAUAAGCAUAUGAUGAAAGGAAUCGUGGCUCUAUUACUCUGGAUUGUAUCUCAGGGAUCGUGGCUAUACUUUGCCUAUCAAUUAGAAUUCUUGGGUAUCAGCACAUUUGAUAAUGGGUUACUCUUUUCCUCAUUCUUUUUCUAUAUAAGCAAUUGUUGGAUUUUAAGCGUAUUUAUUGACGAUUUGAAUAACGAUUUGUAA